AAUUUUCUUCAUAUUUCCGUUCAAAUUAAAAAUUCUCUUUUACAAACGAUUUUUUAUUAGCGUAUCAAAAUUCUGGUGGCCUGAUGGACGUAAUUAUCGAUCACAUUUUGCAUUUUUUACAAUUCGAUGUGCCCAGCAUUUUCGAGAAGGAGAGAUGUCUUGAAAAUGUCUAUGAGCCACACCCACAUAUCACAAAAGGCGACGAAAUGAUGGAAUGUGACGAAGAUGAGGAUUUUGAUGACCCAGAUAACCAAUUGGGGGAUUUUUGCGAGGAACUGAAGCAGAUGGAGAUUGAAGAGAAUGAAUGCUGUAGCAAAUCAAAACAGUCACAAGUAAGGCGGAGUGAACGUGCGGCAGAAAGUGAGUGCCUGUUGGAUGACGUGAAAGACGAGGCACCCUGUGAAGAAAAUAACGCAGAUCCGAUGGCAGGUGGUGACAAAUGCCCUUGUGAGGCAGUGUGCAAGCGGGUUGUGUCAAAAAUAACUGAUAAAUGCUCGUCGUCGACAUUGUUGGAACUGCAUUGCAUUGAGGAGCGGGCUGUCAAAUUAUGGGAGACACUACACUCGCAUAUGCGCAAUAAUAAUUGCGGAAAGCUUCCUAACUGGUGGGAUCUAAAAAGUUGGCAGAAACUGCCAUUCUACUGGGCUGCAGUUUCCAAUGAGAUACUUUGCGAUGAUCCUUUCGAGAAUUUCAAACAAUUUUACAUAGGCAACAAAAAGUCAAGCAAGCGCAUCGCCAAGCAUCAAUUAGAUCGGACGCUCGUAAUGUGGCACCGAUUAAGUGGCAAGCAGCGGUUACCCUUCGUCAUGGAGGCUUUCAUUAGCAAGGUAGGAGCGGGCAAGGUGAACAUCGCCGACGAGCAUGAAAUUCAUCGCAUCAUCCGUGACUUGCAAAACAAAUGAAUGUGGUUCGGGUGUGGUAGCUAUCAAACGGAGCAUCACACCCACCAGCGUCCACACUUUUGUACCAUUUUGUGUGAUUAUAAGUAUAUGUAUGUGUGUAUCAGUGAAAUAUUUGAAUUUAAAUCGAGGGAAUGCAUGUAAGUGAAAUAAAUGUGUGCGUCUAUGUGAUGUUCAAAAAUAAUGGGGAAGAAAAUUAUUCUUCUAGAGUCGCCUUGAUUGCUUUGUCAAUAAUGCACAACA